GAUCACACACUCUGAGUCCCCGGAUGUCUCCGACUCUGACGUCAUUCAGCAGCGUCCGUCUCCGAGUAUAGACGUCUGAGCCUGAGAUGUGAUCCUGAGACUGUCAUAGCUCAGUAUGACCGGGGAACGUAGGGAGAGUCUGUGACGUUAAUGGACCAGUCUGUCUCUGAUAACUGCGAGACGGCCACGGCAGAGGUCAUGGUGCAGCGGAGAGAUGAGGAGAAUGCUCCUCCCCCAGCAAAUGCCACUUACCCGUCCAUGGUGGACCGUCAGAAGGAGGCUGUGCCGUCUCCGGUAACGAAGGGACUCCACUUACUAAAUUCCCCCAUUGGGUCCGCAGCUCGGCCCAUGAGUUGCCACAGGAGACUCUCUCUCCCAGACUCUCAGGAGAGUGUGACGAUGGGACAUUCAGAGCGGCCGCCUUCUCUGGACCCUCCACUUCUUGAUGGGAAUAAUAAGACAUUACUCACUGAUGGGAGCUGUGCCUUACAAACGCCAACCUCUAAAACCAACUGUGAAGGUCACCCGGGGAACAGUCUUACUGCGUCUCCUUGUCUGGCCAGUCUGACGGAGAAUGGUCCUUCCGCCAAUGACCCACUCACAACACCGGUCAAGGUGCCAAAGAAACGAGGCCGCAAGUCUAAAGCGGAGAUGCUCUUAAUUAAGAUGGCCCAGGAGCUGGAGAAUCCGUCACGUGAGGAAACCAGAGAGUCCGUCCCUGAGGAAUCUGAGCCAGAGCUAACACAGAGUGGGCGACCGAGGAGACGGGCAGCCAAGACGGCCAUAAAGUACCUGCAGAGCUUAGCAGAUGAGUGGGGGGUUACUGGACUGACUUCUCCCACACCUGACAAGACCAUGCCUGAGGAGAGUGGAAAGAAGCGUGGCAGGAAGAGGAAGGAUCCGUACGAUGACGAUGAUGAUGUCGAUUUUGUGUUGUCUCCUGAGGCUUUUAUCACAGAGGACACAGAGGAGAUUGAAGACGACUGUCUAAGCGAGGAGUCUGCCAGUGACGAGGGCGGCCACAGGAUGAGUGUCUAUACCCCCAGAGAGGGCCCUGUUAUCGGAGGCUGGUACAAGGUCCUGGAAGGUCUGAUUCCUGGGAGCAGUAAGUCUGUAGCUCUGAGGAAGAUGCUGCUGGACCAGGGUGUAUUCGCCCCCUGCUUCCUCGGGUGCUUCCUGAUCAUUGUGGGGACACUGAACGGUCUCUCUAAGGAGGAAAUCUGGGCCAAGAUGAAGCGGGAUUACACAGACGCUCUAAUCGCUAAUUACUACAUUUGGCCGGCAGUGCAGAUGGCGAACUUUUACUUCAUCCCUUUAUAUCACAGGCUGGCCGUGGUGCAGUGUGUCGCCAUUAUCUGGAACUCUUAUCUCUCCUGGAAGGCCAACCAAGCCUGAUUCUGGGAUCUGCUGUGAAGAUCCUUCUCUCCUGGACUGAAUCCUGCCUUAACCUUACCACAAGUGUUAUAGAAUUGCCCCAUGUGGAAUGAAGGAUAUAGAUCCUCCCUCCGCCAACGAGAUUUGGUAUAAUGUGUAUGAGGAACCUGGCGGCCAGCAGCAGCCAUCCUGAAGAACGUGGCGUGUUGUCCGUGUCUGGAAUCCUGGCCCGUAGCCUAGCAAUGAUGACUGGUGGUCACAGUCCAGGUUUACUCCAGUUGACCACGGAUUUAUCUCUUAUUUUUGUAUAAUCUGUUUUUAUUAAAGAGGCAAUAAGCAAAAGAUUAUCACA